CCGACCCGAAUGAGAUAUGGUGGGACGAGCCGGCCGAUCUAGACCUGCGAACCCGAUCCUAGCAAUAUUCGUGGUGUCAGUAUACGUCCUUGGCUUUGCAUUUGGGCCGGUCGUUGCGGCGCCGCUAAACGAGAUAUGUGGCAGACUGCCGGCAUACCGAGUUAGCAGCGUGUUGUUCGUUGUGUUCUCCGUCGCUUAUGCGUUGAGCACGAACAUGGGCAUGCUGAUCGUUUUCCACUUUCUCAUGGGCUGUUGCGGAGGUGUACCCUUGACCAUCGGAGCGGGAUCCAUUAUGGACGUCAUGCCCACGGAAAAGCGUGGAGGUGCUCUAGCAAUCUGGAUCACGGGCCCUAUCAUAGAGCCAGUCAUCGGCCCAGUUGUUGGAGGGUUUCUUUCAGAGGCUAAGGGUUGGCGGUGGGUGUUCUGGCUCCUGACAAUCGUCACUGGCGCGCUCGGAUUGGUUGUAUUGUUUGUUCUGAGAGAAACAUAUGCACCGAUCCUCCAGGGAAAGAAAGCAAAGAGACUCCGAAACAUUUUACUGCCCACGAAGAUAUUCUUAUUCAGGCCCGUUAUGUCGGUUAUGGCCGUCUACGGCAUCUUGUAUAUCCUCUAUACCACCUUCACCAAGAAAAUGGGGACACACUCAUACCGGAGCACCGAAUACCCUUCUCCCAUACCCUCCCCGGCUCCCCGGCGAUUCCUGCUGGGCUAUUCAUAUAUGGAUGGACAGUCCAACAUCAAGUGCAUUGGAUCGUCCCAAUGCUUGAUCCCUCUCCAAGUCUACCUUGUCGAUGCGUUCACUUUGCAUGCCGCAAGUGCCAUCUGGGCGAGCAACAUCGUCCGUUCCAUUGCAGCCACCUUGCUUCGUCUGUGUGCACUACAGAUGUACGAUGCAUUAGAGCUGGGUUGGGGCAACUCGUUGCUUGGAUUUAUGGCGUUGAUACUUGUGCCUGUGCCCGUCAUCUUCCGAAAAUACGGGCCGUACCUACGAGAACAGUAUCCAUUGUCGCUGUAG